AUGGCUCUCGGAUUGCACUGCUCAUUCCAUGCGCUUACUGGCCGUGGCCUGGAGCAGUUCGUUCCCAAGAAUUCUGGUCCAGAACGAGAAUCACUUGGAAGGGCUUCAGUCACCGGGUUUGACUUACCUCCAUGGGAUGAGAGGCCCUGUGCGAAAUCUUGCCACGAUGAGGAGGCAGCAGGCUUCAAGAUGAUGAAUUUCUUAGCUGGGCCUUGCCAGUUAAGAUGCUACCCAGAGCCCGAAGGAAGCCACCCGCAGUGGAACGAUUACCUUCGAAGUGUGGACCAGGCAGGACUGAAGCCUGUGCUUCUGAAAGCAACACUUCUUUGCAAUUGGACCAGAGGACCUUUCUCAAAAGGCACUCACCAGACCCGACUUUCUGAUGCUGCUACUGACUUGAUGAAUCGAAAAGGGCACGAUGAUGAAUUCAUGAAUGUGCUCACUGAAAUGACGGCGGUGGAUCGUGGAUUUAGCCCAGAUUCCGAUUUUCGCCUUACACCAGAUGAAUGGCUUCGCGUUUGCAGCAAGCGCAUUCCCAAGGCACGAGGAAAAGCUUGGUUCGGCAUAGCCGAAUCAUUUUCCCAGCUUGAAAGGAGCUGGUCCAUUCUGUCGGAAACAGUCCGCCACAUCAAGACCUUGCAUGCCCUUUUGAAAGACCUCAGUGCAGCUGACGCCGAUGACGACGCAAUGAUUCCUGCCCCAGCUCCUGCUCCUCCACCCGAUCCUGACGAUGCACGGGAGCUCUCAGCCACACAGAAAGCCUUCAACGCCUUGAGGAGCAGGUACAAAUCGACAUAUGAUUUUGUGAUUGCUCUGUAUGGAGAGCCUCGUCUCCAACUUCAGGUGAGGAUGAUGAUUGACGCCACCCUUGAUCUUCACGAAGAAUACAGUGCACACUUGGAAGCGCAAAAGGAAGGGACUCAUGGAAUGCUACGAUGGUGUGCAGAGCGAGCCUGUGGGAACUGGUAUCAGACCAUUGUCAAAAUGAUCAAUCGAAUGACGGGGCCAGACACUGCUGAGCGGCUGAAGAUGACAACACCUUCACCUUUCAGAGUUUUCCAGCCCGAUGAUCCUGUGCUCGAGGAGGAAUCGAAGCUGGCCAAGCAGUACGUCAAGCUGGUGAUGACGCUGGCAGCAAACCGGGCUUGGUCACAAGUCCAUUUUGGGCUGGUCUUUCCCUACUGCUUAGCCCGAAUCAUGUCUCCAAAUCAGGACGACAAGAGGAGGGCACAGGUCCUACUCAGGAGCCUCACCGAUGCGAUCUUGAAGCUGGAAGAUAGAACAAAAGUUGCCCAUCAGAAGUCGCCUCUUCAUCGUUUGCUGUGCGACCUUGGAACUACAGAAUGGGUGGUCACCCGUGAAAUCUUUGUGCAAGGGAUCCGGGUGGACUGGUGUUACAAUGAUGUGGAACUUCGCAAGAUGGCUUUUUCGUUGUCUGCAGGUCCCUCCACAACGAAGUAUUGCUUGGAGAAUGUCAUCAGCACCGUGAAAGAUUGCGGACAACGCGUCAAAAAAAACACGAGGAACAUGUCCAUGCAUACGAAGUGGAUGUAUGCAGGGACAUCGCACUAUGCACCAGCUGGUGGUGUCGAGCAACUCCAGGUUGACAGAGACGACCUGCUCAAGACUUGUCUUCAAAAAGGGGUGGAGCAAAAAUUUGUUCAGGGCAAGUGGUUGGCCGAGGCCAAGGCAAGUUUCAAAGAUGUUUUCCCCACGCCAGAAGACAUUCUGCAUGAGACCAGGAAGGCAGGCUACCUUGCAAACAAGCGAGCUGCCUCUGCUGCGGCCUUCGUUUUGCAUGACUCACGCAAUGAUUUUUCCAAUGUCAGCAAGGCAUGGACAGGACUGGUGUGA